UAGAGAGGCGCAGCGACGGGCGGUGGUUGGUUUCUAGGCUGCUAACGCCGCUGCCGCCGCUGCUGCGUCUGAAGCCGGCAAGAUGGAGCGCGGCCCUGAGAAGCUGGCUGGGCAACCCCGCGCCAACGGCUGCAGCCUCCCAGGAGGCCUCAGGAACGGCUACGCGGUGCGAGGGCUCGCCGGGGCCCAGGCCCACAGCCAGAUUCACCAUAUCACUCAGAAUGGAGGCUUAUAUAAAAGACCUUUCAAUGAAGCUUUUGAGGAAACCCCAAUGCUGGUUGCUGUACUAACUUAUGUAGGCUAUGGUGUCCUCACUCUUUUCGGAUAUCUUCGAGACUUUUUGCGAUACUGGAAAAUUGAGAAAUGUCAUAAUGCAACAGAACGGGAAGAACAAAAGGACUUUGUCCCUUUAUAUCAGGAUUUUGAAAACUUCUAUACAAGGAAUCUCUAUAUGCGCAUUAGGGAUAGCUGGAACAGACCACUCUGCAGUGUACCAGGAGCCAAAGUAGACUUGCUAGAAAGGGUUUCUCUUGACUACAAUUGGACAUUCACGUACACAGGAAAAGUGAUAAAAGACAUAAUUAAUAUGGGGUCCUACAACUACCUGGGAUUUGCAGAGAAUAAUGGAGUUUCGAAGGAUGCAGUGGCUAAAGUUCUCUCACAAUAUGGAUGUGGGGUGUGCAGCACUAGGCAGGAGAUGGGAAACAUGGACAAACACGAGGAGCUGGAAGCUUUACUGGCCAGAUACCUUGGUGUAGAGUCUGCUUUGGCCUAUGGAAUGGGAUUUGCAACCAAUUCAAUGAACAUUCCUGCUCUAGUUGGCAAGGGCUGUCUCAUACUGAGUGAUGAGUUGAAUCAUGCAUCUCUAGUACUGGGAGCAAGACUUUCAGGAGCAACAAUUAGAAUCUUCAAACACAACAAUAUGCAGAGCUUGGAAAAACUACUAAAAGAUGCCAUUGUGUAUGGGCAGCCUCGCACACACAGACCCUGGAAGAAAAUUCUCAUCAUUGUUGAAGGCAUAUACAGCAUGGAAGGAUCGAUUGUCAGGCUGCCUGAAGUGAUUGCUCUUAAGAAGAAGUACAAAUCUUACUUAUAUGUGGAUGAAGCUCAUAGUAUAGGCGCACUGGGUCCCAAUGGCCGUGGUGUGGUGGAAUAUUUUGGACUUGAUCCUGAGGAUGUGGAUAUUAUGAUGGGCACAUUCACCAAGAGCUUUGGAGCUGCUGGAGGAUAUAUUGGAGGCAAAAAGGAGCUGAUUGAUUAUCUUCGUGUCCAUUCACACAGUGCAGUAUAUGCCACAUCAUUAUCCCCUCCUGUUCUUCAGCAAAUCAUCUCAACCAUGAAGUGCAUUAUGGGUGAAGAUGGCACAACACUUGGUAAGCAGCGCAUACAGCAGUUGGCUGAGAACACCAGGUACUUUCGUAGGCGGCUUAAGGAAAUGGGCUUCAUCAUCUAUGGAAAUGAAGACUCCCCUGUUGUACCUUUGAUGCUGUAUAUGCCGGCAAAAAUUGGUGCAUUUGGACGAGAGAUGUUGAAACGGCACAUAGGUGUUGUGGUGGUAGGUUUUCCUGCAACACCAAUCAUUGAAUCCAGAGCCAGAAUUUGUUUGUCUGCAACUCAUACCAAAGAGAUACUUGAUAUUGCUUUAAAGGAAAUAGAUGAAGUUGGAGACCUCUUGUUGUUGAAGUAUUCCCGUCACCGAUUGGUACCCCUCCUUGAUCGACCUUUUGAUGAAACUACAUAUGAAGAGACCGAAGACUGAGUCCUUUCCAUGUCUUUUUGCAGACAGGGCACACUCCUCAGAACUCUGUAUGGCUCAGAAGCCAAGGAUCUUGAACCAAACACUUAACGACUGCUUAGCUUAAACAGAAUGACUUUUUACUCACAAAACUGAAGUGGCCACAGCAGCUCUAAAUGGUGUGUUGUAAUGGCAAAACAAAACCUGGGUUUUAUUCUGUUGCUUCAAGGUCUUGCUCUGAAAAAGAGCUUGGCUUACAUUUUUAAAACACUGCUCCCUUAUUUAUUUGUCACAGCAACAUCACUGUGACAAUUAUUGGCAGUGGAGGGGUUGUCCAUCACGUUGCCAUGUGGGCAUCCUUAAUGUGUCUUAGGAUGCUGCAAUGAUUCUGUCACAACAUUUCCUUUUUCAUGACUAAAGUCUAAUCUUCUUGAGCGUGCAAGACCAGCCAGUUUGUUCAGUUGAGGCUUUUGAGGAAAUUGUUGACAGCUAACUUAAAAUAUAUUUAACAAAAAAUAAUCAACCAAAGUAUUUUCUUUUUUCAUUUAUGUUGUCAUUUUUGGUCUUUAUUAUUAUUUAGUGGUUGCCUUGCCACACAAGAAGCAUUCAGUUUAUCAAGAAAAAAACAGGAAAUCUUCCAGGGCCUUAAACAUCUUUAUUUUUCAGUCUGAAUGUCAGCUGUUUUAGGGUAAGUAGUAAAGAAGAUUUCAGGGCAGCAUAGCUCUUUAUUAUAACAUUUAUUUUAUACAGAAUCACACAGAUCUGAGAUGCAGCCACAGUUCCAUUGUCCAAUAUGAAUUCUGUUGUUUAUUGGACCAGUGAGUGUGUCCCCUCCUUUGGCAUUAACCCUAGGAGACAGAGGCCAAAAUCACAUUGAUUGAUUAGAAGGGAAAGAAUCAAAUGUAAAAGACUCCUUACUCUCCCUUCAUUCAUGUAGCAGCAUUCCUAUUCUGUUUCCUGGCAAACUUAGAAAAAGAUUUUUUGCCUGAAUAAUGCAUUUCUUAAACACAUGAAUGAAUGAACAUUGAAGGCAGAGAAAUUUCCAUGAUUUUUUUCACUGCUCUGGCCAAGUUAACUGUUUGUUAUUACUACAGAAGGUAGAUAACACGAGGCAAAACCCACAAUACUACAUAUACACAGGUAGGUAUUUGCCUGGAUUAUUUUGGAAAAUAGUUUUUAUAGCAAUCUGUAUAAAGAACAAACAGGAUUCUCAGUUAUAAAGUAGACUUACAGGCUUGGGAUUCUUUAAGAGGUACCAGCCAUUCCUUUGGCAUAAGAUAAGGGUUCCCAUAGUACCCCUGUGGAUUCCUGUUGAAUCCUGAGCAUUUUUGCCCUAAGAUGCUCAGAACGGUGCUGGGAGUCAGGGGAGAUAUAUUUUUCACUUUUAGAAAGAUCAUGUUGGAAGACUUAAUUCUCAGGGGUGAGUCAGUUGAUCUUGGAAUAUAAGUGGCUCUUCGAAUUAAUUGUUUUAAAAUGGCUACACUGUCUUCCAGUGGGUUCAGUUUACUUUUUUGUUUUUAAUUUGUUUGAGAUCAUAUAUGAGCUGUUCAUUGGCAAAGGUGUAGUAUAUGAAACUUUCGCAUGUGUGCAUUAUGAAGUCACAACACAAUGGAUUAACUUUGUAGUCUUUAACCACAGAUUUAUUUCAACAUUUUUGCACCUAGAAAACCUCACUUGUACUUUCCCCAUUAUUUCUUACAAAUGUAUAAUGCUGGAUAUUUCUGAACAGCUAAAUAUUUGCAAGAUCGCUUAAGGAGCUUUCCCCUUCAGUGUGGCAAAAACUUCAGUUAUAUCAGAGUAAGGAUUUUCAUGAUAUGGCUUGGAAAUAAGAAAUACUGAUGGGCUGACAAAAGACAACAGAGUGCAAUUGCUAAUACUGUGCAACAGUUUGCCAAAACAUAAAGGGAGAGGAGUUCUAAGAGCAAUUGGUCCUAUAUCUUGGACAUGUGAGACUUUUUGAAAAUAGCAGUAAAAAGAGUUUUGUUCUGCCUAACUGUGCCAUGUAGCCUUAACACUGAAAGCGAAAUGCACAAGAAGAGCAAAAUUUGUAAUAGUGUCUGUAAAAGUUCAUUUCAGUCAAUUUCUUGAAGAAUCCUUCAACUAAAAUGGUAUGUUCACUAAAAAGUGGUUUUGUUGAAAAUUAUGUUUGCUAUUAUUGGAUGUUUAAUAUGUUCCUGUUGAGGACCUGCUACCUUCCCCUGUCUAUGUCAAACCAUUUCUAGGUUUCUUCUGUCUGGGAUACAGAGAAAUAUUGGGAAUGACCCUGUGUUUCUGUGUCAUCAAGUUACCUAGUUGCAGCUCUUCAUAAGUGAGGUUGAUAUUACAAACACUAUUUUGCACCAAACAUAUUUUAAAGAAGCAAAAUGUACAUACAUCAUAAUUUCCUGCAACAACUAGAAAUGUUGUGCUCCCAUUAUAUACAGUCUAGACAUAGGGUAGGACCAAAUGUAAUAAUUAAAUGUUUUAGAAAUCAUUCCUUAUACUUCAGCUAAAGAACUUGCUACCACUGGACUGAACUAACCUUAUCCUUUACAUGAAAUGUUUGGCAAAGUUCCUGACACCUGAAAAGAGGCUGAAAAGUUUUCAUUAGAAAAUAAUAAACUAAUUUUUCCUUCCUAGUAAAUUGAAGUGCCCUCAUGUCAUCACCAAGCAUUCUUAAGUACAAAGUAAUUUAAAAGGAGCUAGUCCUGCAUGCAGGGGGUUGGACUGGAUGGCCUUUGCGGUCUCUUCCAACUCUAUGAUUCUAAAUGCAGGCUGGUUUUGACCAUGUUUAUUGUUUGUGCUUUCACAAUUGCCUCUGCAGAAGUACUUCAGCAAUAACUGCAAAGCAGAUGAACUAAAAUACAUUCAGAUGAAUAAAUAUACCUUGAGCAUUCAGACCAUCUUUGGUUUCAGAAAUGAGGAGGAUAAUUAGAAUUAUGUUCUGAUAUUCCAGAGUAUGUUUCUUUUUCUAUGCGAGCUUUGAGUGACAGGCAGGGAGAAAAGAAUACUGAAGAUGAAAUCUCUUGGAAGCCCUAUUUACUGGUUAGAGAGAGUAUGCAUGUAUGCCUGCAAGUUUACCCUUUGGUAAAGGGUGAUGCUAGUCCCUUGGGAAUUAGGGAUGGUUUAACCAUAUAUCCCAUACACACCAUACAAUAUAACUGUUUGGCACAAGGACUGCCUUGUCUCUAGUAUAGCGGCUUUUCACUUCAGAACAGUUUAUCAUGUCACUCUGGAGACCUCUGUAGUGGUGGUUCUUAUAAUCAGUAUACAGUGUGGUGGAACUUCUCCAGGUUUUGAAAGGACUCUCUACUGUCUGUAUGAUCAUUCUCUGGGGAAAGCAGAUAGAAUUUUAUUGGUAAGAUACCAGAUGAAAAGAACAGAUACCAUAUUCCACUGUAACCUAGUUUAUCCACCAGAUUUGUUUGCACAUCUGACAAAUUGUUGUUUCAGUUUGUGUUGUAGACUGCAUUACUGUCCUGAUUGUACCAAAGGCAAAAUUGCUUGUUGGAGUUCUUAGAUUCCUCUUUUCUGAAAUAAUACCUGAUCUGAGUCUACUAAA